CUAUGACAAGGGGAACUCUAAAAUAAAGUCGUCCAAAAUGCGUCCACUCAUAUCUGUGCAUUCGUAACAAUCUUAGUCAUUACGAUAAUUCUAUUCGAUAAAAUAAUCUCACGUAGCAAAUUAGUAAUUAUAUUUUUUUGUUGACCAAAUUCAACAUUCUUUCAUUGACCUCCAUACAAACUAUUCCUCACUUCGUGGACAGAUUUCGGGCGGAGUAAGACCUCUCGCUUCGCCUAUUCCUAUAUGGACGCAUGACAUGUUACAACAAACGCUGUGAGCCAAAAACCGCCUCUACACGGCCGAAAGGAGAAGUAUAAGGCAACAUGUCCCGGCACAGAAAUGUCCGAGGCUACAACUAUGAUGAAGACCUUGACGACGACGACAUGUAUGGACAGUCUGUCGAUGACGACUACUGCAUCUCCCCUGCGACAGCGGCCCAGUUCAUCUACUCCAGCAGGCAGGAGAGGCCCAACGUUGAGCCACCCCUAGAGGAGGAGGGGAUGGAGGAAGAUGAGGCCGUACCCACCUCCCCCUCCCUCACACACAACCUCAACCCCCUGGACCAAGGCAAGUUGUACUCGUGUCUGGACCAGAUGUGUGCAGUGCUGGGUGAUGCCGUGCCGGAGUCAGUCCUUACCCAGGCUGCCUUGCGGUGCGCCUUCGACCCUCAGAGAGCCCUGGAUGCCGUUCUAUCAGACGAGAGCGCCGAGCUGCCGGCCCUGGACGCCAGAACCAAUAAUGACGCGCCACUGCCGCAGAGAGCGAAUAAGGAGACGGCGGUUGUACCAAGAGCCAAUCAGGAAGUCUCAGCUGCACCGCGACCAGAGAAAGCUAAGGGCCGUGAGGCGGGGCAGUGUCAACUGGACUCAGAGGUUCUGCCUAAAGUGGCCCGCAUGACCGUCUCAGGGAAGAGACGGACCAUGGGCUUUGACGUGCCGAGUACAGAGGAGAACGGGGUUGUCCCCAGCCCCUCCGUCCAUCGCGGGGGUAGCCCUGACGACAUGACCAUGAAAACCAGCCCUGACACCCCCUCCAAGCGUCCGGAGACACCCUCUAAAGGGUUCGGGGUGUCAGAGGAGCCCCCUUCCGUCCCCACCCCAGGACGUACCCCGGGGAAGGCCAAGCAGCAGCUGAACGUCCGGGCAGAGCUGGAGAAGAGACAAGGGGGCAAGUCUCUACUCAACCUGGUGGUUAUAGGUCAUGUGGAUGCUGGGAAGAGUACCCUGAUGGGUCACCUGCUGUACCUGUUGGGAAACGUCAAUAAACGCACCAUGCACAAGUACGAACAGGAGUCCAAAAAGGCUGGCAAGGCCUCGUUCGCCUACGCGUGGGUUCUGGACGAGACCGGCGAGGAGAGGAACAGGGGUGUAACCAUGGACGUGGGGAUGACUAAGUUUGAGACGGCCUCUAAGGUGGUGACUCUGAUGGACGCUCCUGGACACAAAGACUUCAUCCCGAACAUGAUCACUGGAGCGGCCCAGGCGGACGUGGCGGUGUUAGUGGUCGAUGCCAGCAGAGGUGAGUUUGAGGCGGGGUUCGAGGCGGGGGGUCAGACGCGAGAGCACGGCCUUCUGGUCCGUUCGUUGGGCGUCACGCAGCUCGCUGUUGCCGUCAACAAGAUGGACCAGGUAAACUGGCAAGAGGAGCGAUUCAAAGAGAUCAUCUCCAAACUUGGACAUUUCCUGAAACAGGCUGGAUUCAAGGACUCUGAUGUGUUCUAUGUUCUCUCCCAGGACUCUGAUGUGUUCUACGUGCCAACUAGUGGUCUAUCAGGAGAGAACCUGACCACUAAGAGUUCUGCUCUGGCGCUAACAUCCUGGUACUCUGGACCCUGUCUGCUGGAACAGAUCGAUGAUUUCAAACCACCCCAGAGGUCGAUAGAAAAGCCCUUCCGACUGUGUGUCUCGGACGUCUUCAAAGAUCAGGGCUCAGGGUUCUGUGUAACAGGGAAGAUCGAGGCGGGCUACAUUCAGACAGGAGACAGAGUACUGGCCAUGCCCCCCAAUGAGACAUGCACUGUUAAAGGUAUCACUCUCCACGAUGAGCCUCUGGACUGGGCAGCAGCAGGAGAUCAUGUUAGUCUGACUGUCACUGGCAUGGACAUCAUCAAGAUCAAUGUGGGCUGUGUGUUCUGUGAUAUUAAGGAGCCAAUCAGAGCGUGUUCCCGCUUCAGGGCCAGAGUCCUACUCUUCAACAUAGAGGUUCCCAUCACACAGGGCUUCCCCGUUGUGUUGCACUACCAGACGAUCAGUGAACCUGCCACCAUCAGGAAGCUGGUCAGUGUUCUGCACAAGAGCAGCGGGGAGGUGCUCAAGAAGAAACCAAAGUGUCUGGGUAAGGGUAUGAACGCGAUGGUGGAGAUCCUGACGCAGAGACCCGUGGCGUUGGAGCUCUAUAAGGACUUCAAGGAGCUGGGACGCUUCAUGCUGAGAUACGUAGGGUCAACCAUCGCUGCCGGGGUCGUCACCGAGAUCAAAGACUGACGAUCAGAUCUGAUCCAACUCGAUCAAGUCAAGAACCCAGAAGACCGCAUGACAGACGGCUAGCUGCAGACUGACAGAGAGACAAGACAGACAAAAGUGCAAUUCCUUCAAGAGAUUGACAGAAGUGUCAUUCACAGACUGAGUGUUCACAUCCAUCCCUCUAUCUAUCCAUCCAUCCAGGGCAGAAGCUACCGUACAAGAUGAAGUAAACGAUGAACCAAUAAAUGUUCCAAUCCAGCUGUU